CGCCUCAGCGUCCCCCUCCGCCGGCCAUGGCGCCCAUGGGCAUCCGCCUGUCCCCGCUGGGGGUGGCCGUCUUCUGCCUGCUGGGGCUGGGCGUGCUCUACCACCUCUACUCGGGCUUCUUGGCCGGCCGCUUCGCCUUCCUGGUGCUGGGCGGCGCGCCGGGGGCCGAGCCGGGCGUCGUCGUCGUCGGCGUGGUGGACCUGCGGGAGCUGCUGGCGGCCUCGGUGGCGGCGGCCGUCCAGGGCGGCGCGGAGGUGAAGCGGGUCCGCGAGAGCAACGUCCUCCACGAGAAGGCCAAGGGCAAGACCCGCGAAGGCGCCGAGGAGAAGAUGACCAGCGGGGACCUGCUCUCCAACCGCAAGAUGUACUACUUGCUCAAGGCCGCCUUCCCCGGCGUGCAGAUAAAUACAGAAGAACAUCUAGAUGCAGAUGACCAGGAGAUAAUUUCCUGGGACCGCACUAUUCCUGAAGAUAUAAAGAGACAAAUUCAGCCUAAAUUGGUCCAAGCAGACAGUGUUACUAUGUGGAUUGAUCCGUUAGAUGCAACUCAAGAAUAUACAGAGAAUCUUCGACAGUAUGUUACUACAAUGGUGUGUGCAGCUGUGGAUGGUAAACCAGUGAUAGGAGUAAUACACAAGCCAUUUUCUGGAUAUACGGCCUGGGCAAUGGUCAAAGGAGGAUCAAAUAUUAAGGCACGUUCUUCCUACGAUGAGCAGACACCAACAAUCAUUGUUUCCCGGUCUCACGAAGGGAAAGUAAGGCAGGUUGCCUCACAGACGUUUGGGAAUAAAACUAAGAUCAUUAAUGCUGGUGGAGCAGGUUAUAAAGUUUUAUCACUCCUUGACGUGCCUGAGGCAGACCAAGACAAAGCGGAUGUGUACAUUCAUGUAACGUACAUCAAGAAGUGGGACAUCUGUGCUGGCAACGCAGUGCUGAAAACAUUGGGAGGUCAAAUGACUACGCUGGCAGGAGAAGAAAUUAGUUACACUGGUUCAGAUGGCAAUGAAGGUGGGCUCAUAGCUAGCAUCAAUAUAAACCACAGGGCACUGGUGGAAAAACUUCCUGUUCUAGACAAGUCAUCACAGAAUUAAGUUUUGAAGAGUGAACAAGUAAAUCGUGCUUUCUGGAGCCUCAAAAUGGUCUGUUGCAGUGGGGAGCCAAUCAAUGUGCAUUUGGGGGACUACACAUAGACCAUGGCAGGGUUUUGGAGGGACCACAUAAACCAUGGAGUGUUUAAACCAUGGAGCAAGAUUAUUGGGACACAAGAUGUCUUUAUGUCUCAUUGUCAAGCUUUUAAUUUUUGAGACUGUGUUUCAUGUCCCUAGCACAACUGAGAAAUCCAGAUAGGUGCUUAUAAUAAUGGAAGCACAUCACGAAUUGGGUUCUGGUAAACCUUCGCAUUCUGUUAUAGUAUUCAAGCGGCCUAGCCACUUGAAGAAAAGCUCACUUGAAAUCCAUGGACAGAUACUCUUAAUUCCUUUGGAUUACAAAAUUAAAGAAGGCUGAAGCCUCUUCAUGUGACAUCAUGGGUACAAUGUCAAAUGAUAAAAGAAAUGUUUGGAUCUAUUUUUAAUGUUUACCUGAAAAUUCAAACCAGCUUAAUGUGGAUGGGAGUGUUAAUAUUUGUGUAGGUUUAUUAUAACAUUCUUUCUGUGUAUCAUUUUAAAAGAAAAUAUGUUCCCCUGUACAGUUUCAGUUGUUGAAUAUUGCCAUUAUAAGCUGUUGAGUUUCUUAAAUAUUUAAUAUUCAGUGUUGAGCUUACAAAAUAGUCCUCUGUCUUUGAUCAUUUGUUAAGCUACUUAAUGAGAGAAACUCGGAUAUUAUUUUUUGCCAGCAUAAAAUGAAGUUCAUAUGCCAUGUGCAACUUUUUACAGGGAAUCUGAAGUGUCUUCCCAGCUGCCCUUAACAUGACAUUGUAGAAAUUCCCUUUAAAAAAACGUGCCCCGGUUUUUGGUUUGCCAGUCUAGAAGUCUCAUCCUCUUAUGCUGCUUGGCAUUUGAGCCUUGCAUGGGGAUUAUAGAAACUGUCAAGGAUUCAGAGGAACGUUUAGUAUAAUCAGCGGCUUGUUGUUCUCCCUUUAAAAUUAUCCAUGAUGAAGAAAACUACACUUUUGCUUAAUGCAAAACACUAAAGGCCUGUACUAACGGGAUGAAUAGAGGCGUAAAAAGUUGGUUUGCAAGUUGAAAUUCAAUUUAUGUGAUUAAUCCAUUCUUGAUAGCAGAUUAACCUCCCCCCCCCCCAUUAAUUUGUGGGGCUGACAACAAACAAAAACUCUAUGGUGUGGGCCUCCUGGAUGAGCUGUUGUCAUGCAGGCCUCUAAUGGGCUGGCUCAGGCUUCCUUAAACUGUGCAAAUGCCAAAAAUAAUAAUAAAAUAAAAUGAAUACUGUUUGUGAAAUCUUGGUUGCAGAAAGCUAGUUGAAAGUCAGAAUAGGGGGAAAAACAUGUCAGUGUAUAUGUAUAACUCACUUUUUUCAUUAUUUUCUAUUGUACUACAAAGAUUCUUUUUCUUGGUGCUUUUGGUAAUAUGUCAGUUUGAUCAUUUUAGAAAACCGGUGAUUUGUCAAAAAACAGCGCAAUCCUAUACAUGUCUAGUCAGAAGUAAGUUUAUCUUUGCUUGGUUGGUUACACAAGUUAAAAGGUCCCUUUUAAAAUAAGUGCUUGGAGGCAUGUGUCCUUUAGAAAUGUUCCCACAGCUGAAUUUUAUUGGAAUGCUACUUUACUUUUAUAACCAGUUUAUUCCAUGAAUGUGUUAAAAGGAGACAGUCUCUCUCUCUCAAACUACUGAUUGCAAUUCAGUUUCAUGGAGCAGUACAUUUUUGACAUAAGGCUAUUUGAAAAUUAAAUGCUUUACAAAUGGAAA